CGCGGGCUGCCGGCCCGGGUGAGUGGACGGACACCCUGAGCGCGGCAGGGCUCCCAGACGUGUCACCCUGUCCCGCCGCAGCCGAGAUGCCCGGGGAGCGGGUCUUCCACACCCCCUCCGUGGGUGUGUGGAUUGUGAACCAUGGACAGUUUUACUGAGGGAGAUCUCUCUAUGGCGGAUUAUGCCUUGUUAGAUGAUUGCCCUGACGAGGAUGAGUGUGCCUUUGCUCCAGAACUUAUGACAGCGAAUUAUGUUCAUGUGACUCAGCUUUACUGUGAUGGAGUGGGUACACAGUAUAAAGAUUAUGCCCAAACAGACAGAAAUUUAGAAUUUGACAUCUGCAACAUAUGGUGUAGUAAACCAGUUUCUGACCUGCACGAUUACUGUGAUGCCAUUAAAAUAUAUAUCUUCUGGCCACUUCUUUUUAAACAUCAGCACACUUCUGUAAUAUCACGAUUGCAUCCCUGUGUGGAGCCCAGCAAUUCUUGUGCUUCUGAGAUAAGUUUGAGGAAAUUACAGUGUCUUGAGUUGAUGGAAGAUAUUGUGGAUUUGGCAAAGAAAGUUUCGAAUGAUUCGUUCCUUAUUGAAGGCUUAUUGAAAAUUGGUUAUAAAAUAGAAAAUAAAAUGUUGGCAAUGGAAGAAGCUUUAAAUUGGAUAAAAUACACAGGUGAUGUAACAAUUCUGCCUAAAUUAGGAUCAGUUGAUACUAGUUGGCCUUUAUUGAGAAUUUUCUUUACUGAAUACAAGUAUCACAUAACUAAAGUUGUAAUGGAAAACUGCAAUUUACUUGAAGAAUUUAAAACUCAAAAUUGUGCUCAUUGUAUACAGCAAGGAGAGCUCAUGAAAAUAAAAGGGAAUGAAGAAUUUUUCAAUGAAAGAUUUGAUAUAGCUAUUAUCUAUUACACCAGAGCCAUCGAAUAUAGACCUGACAACCACUUUCUUUAUGGUAACCGAGCUCUUUGUUUUCUUCAUACUGGACAGUUAAGAAAUGCACUUGGUGAUGGAAAGAGAGCCACUAUUCUGAAGUGCUCCUGGCCAAAGGGUCAUUAUCGUUACUGUACUGCUCUUUCUCUGCUGGGAGAAUAUGACUGGGCCCUGCAAGCAAACAUAAAAGCUCAAAAACUCUGUAAAAAUGACCCUGAGGGAAUCAAGGAUCUAAUUCAGCAGCAUGUACAGUUACAAAAGCAAAUAGAAGACCUACAAGGUCGAACACCAAAUAAGAAUCCAAUUAAAGCUUUUUAUGAAAGCAGGGCCCAUAUACCUAGGAAUUUACCAGCACCUGCUUUUACUGCAUCACUGAGCUUUGUGGAGAAGGGACGAGAGUUCCGGAAAGCUAACCAGGAAAUGGCUUACGGUGGUAGUGAGAACAUGAAGGAAAUAGAUGAGGCUUUGAGAUCAGAUGAUUGUGACUGCCAGACUGAAUUUAUACAAUCGCCAAGUCAUCCUCCAAGACAUAGAGGAAGACAUAAACCCCGAAACAAUGAAUCGGAGAAAGUCAACUCUAAUUCAGAGUUGGCUUUGCCAGUAGAUUGGAGAAAGCUCUUGGAGAGAGAGUUUUCUAAAUCUUCCAGAGCUGCUCAGCAGGACUUUGCUAAUAUUAUGAAAAUGCUGAGAAGCUUAAUCCAAGACGGUUACACUGCCUUGCUGGACCAGCGCUGCCGCAGUGCUGCACAGUCAUUUUCAGAACUGCUGAAUGGCUUAGAUCCUCAAAAAAUAAAGCAAUUGAACCUGGCUAUGAUUAACUAUGUAUUAGUAGUCUAUGGACUUGCUAUGUCUCUCCUUGGAAUAGGACGACCUGAGGAAUUAUCUGAAGCUGAAAACCAGUUUAAGAGGAUUCUUGAAUUCUAUCCCAAUGAGGGACUUGACUCCUUGGCCUACUGUGGAAUUGGAAAAGUAUAUUUGAAGAAAAACAGAUUUCAAGAAGCUCUCACUCACUUUGAGAAAGCAAAAACCUUGAUUUAUCGUCUCCCUGGAGUAUUAACUUGGCCCACAAGUAAUGUGAUUAUUGAAGAGUCUCAGCCAGAGAAAAUAAGGACAAUUUUAGAGAAAUUUGUUGAAGAAUGCAAGUUCCCUCCAGUGCCAGAUGCCAUUUGUUCCUACCAGAAGUGCCUUGGGCUUUCCAAAAUCCAAAUAUAUAUAACCGAUCCAGACUUUAAGGGUUUUAUACGAAUCAGCUGUUGCCAAUACUGUAAAAUAGAAUUUCAUAUGAAUUGCUGGAAGAAGUUAAAAGCAACAACAUUUAAUGAUAAAAUUGACAAGGAUUUUCUGCAAGGAGUUUGUCUUACCCCUGACUGUGAAGGUAUCAUUUCUAAGAUUAUCAUCUUUAGCCGUGGUGGUCAUGUUAAAUGUGAAUUUGAACACAAGGUCAUUAAAGAAAAGGUUCCUCCAAGACCUAUUCUGAAACAGAAAUGUUCUAGCCUAGAGAAGCUAAAACUGAAAGAAGACAAAAAACUGAAGAGAAAGAUCCAAAAACAAGAAGCAAAAAAACUAGCACAAGAAAGAAGGGAAGAGGACUUAAGAGAAAGUAAUCCUCCAAAAAAUGAACAGCAGAAAGAAACAGUAAAGAAUGUUCAGAGUUGCCCGUUCCUUGAUGACAGAAUUCUGCAGUGCAUAAAGCAGUACUCUGACAAAAUUAAAUCUGGUGUACUGGACACUUCCAAGCUUCUCAAAGAAUUGAUUUCUUGGAAGGUUUUGACCACAGAAGACUAUGCAACAUUUUUCUCUAACAAAAAUUUUCUCACCGAAGCAGUGGACUAUGUCAUCGGUUACUUGGUUCAAGAAAAUAAUAGAGUGAAAACAAGGAUGUUUCUGCACGUUUUGUGCGAGCUUCAAGAAGUGGAGCCCAAGGUAGCCAGCUGGCUCCAGAAACUUAACAGCUUUGGCUUAGAUGCCACGGGAACUUUUUUUGCUCGAUACGGAUCACUUCUGAAGGACCUUGACUUCACCAUCAUGACUUUCCUGUGGAAUGAGAAGUACGGUAAUAAGCUCGACUCUAUAGAAGGAAGGCAGCUUGAAUACUUCUGUGAGCCCGUGUCCCUGAAGGAAGCACGCUGUUUGAUAUGGCUGCUGGAGGAUCACAGAGAGAAGUUCCCGGCCCUGCACAGUGCUCUGGAUGAGUUCUUCGAUAUAAUGGAUAGCCGCUGCACUGUAUUAAGGAAACAAGACAAUGAAGUGCCGAUGACUUCUACCAAGGUGAAGAACAAAGGCAAGAAAAAGAGGCAAAAAGAUACAAAGCUGAUGUUAAUUGGGUCUGUAACAACUUCACUAACACCAAGUAAUGAGACUUCCACUUCAAGUCAAGACCCUAACAGGCGCAAUGGAGACCCUACUGGCCCGUUUGCAGUGCCAGAGCACCUUCGGCAGGAAAUAGAAGAAUUCGAAGCUUUCUACGAGCAGCAGCAGCAGUCUAAAGAUCAUUUCUCUCAGUAUGUGGAGGAACAAGGUCCCGUGGACAUGGGUAACAGGGUAUUCACUGAAGAAUAUGAGUUUUUCCCAGAAGAAACUCGAAAGAUAGUAGAACAAGCCGGAGGCUUAAAGUCUUUUCUCCUAGGAUGUCCACGUUUUGUUGUGAUUGACAACUGUAUUGCACUGAGGAAGGUUACGUUACGGCUCAAGAAAAGAAGAAAGAAGAGAAACAUGAAAGCAAAAGCAGAAGAGAUUUCAAAAAUGGAAGAGUAUUUACGAGCUAAGCUAUCGCCGAGUCCAACUGCUGGAGCGUCUCAGCCAGACGGACAGCCCAGCCCAGCGUCUGACUCGGCUUCAGCACCUGCUGCUAAGGAUGCGGAGCCCAAACCCAAGCCUGCUGAGGCUCCCAAGCCUGUCUGUGAAGACACAAAGCUCGCGCCUGGGCCUGAGAGCUCUUCCAGUCCUCUUUCUGAAGACGAGAAGCCCGAAGGGGUCUCUUGUGAUUCGCUCAAGCCACUGUCGAAGGCUGUGACGCCGGCUUAUUGGGCUCGGUCACACGUCGUCACAACAUUGUGCACCUACCUCCCUUUCCAGGGAUUUGGGAUGAGCCAGACUCCACCUGCAUAUAUGAACAUGCUGCCAGGCUUGCCCCGGUACACCAGCAUCUACACGCCGCUGGCCGGCAUCUCCUCGGAAUACCAGCGCCAGAGGGCGAUCGUGCCCCUGGUGCCGUCUCUUCUGGCCAAUGACAGGGUGAAGAAAAAUGCUCUUUUGUGUUUUAAGGAUCCUAAUUUGAAUGCCGAGAAGGCUGCUGAUAAACCGAUUGCCUCGGAAACACAGAUCUCUGAGGACUCUGUGGGAGGGUCUGGAAAGGCACAGUGGGACCCACGUGAGUCUGACGGAAACGAGGGGCACUCCAGGAGCUCUGACAGCAAGUGCGAAAUCAGUGCAGAAAGUGUUCCACGUACGCAGGAGGUUGCUGUACAGGUGUCCUGGACCACAACACACCAAGAAGCCAAUACUGAGCCAUACGGUCCUUUUGAGGGGCAGCAGGGGGAUAUUUCACAUAUUGAAAAGGAGUACUCUGUCUUACAAGAGCAGCUUCAGGAAGUGUGUGAAAAUUAUGAGCACAUAAAACUCAAGAGCUUAGAAGAGACCAGGGACCUGGAAGAAAAGCUGAAAAGGAACCUAGAAGAAAACAAGAUCUCAGAGACAGAAUUAGAUUGGUUCAUCCAAGAUUUGGAAAGAGAAUUUAAAAAAUGGGAACAAGAGAAAAAGGAAAUCCAAGACAGACUAAAAGCAAUGAAGAAGAAAAUUAAAAAGGUUUUGAAUGCCAAUGAAAUGUCUACCCAGAAAAAUGAUGGAAUGGAUAAGGAAUAUGAGUUACAUCUGGAGCAGUCCUCUGAACACAGUAACACAUUUACAGAUGAGAGAAUGAAAAUAGAAGAUGGUAUAAAAAAGGGGAGAGAACAUUAUGAAGAGAGUCACCAAAGGGCUCUGAUUGCAGAGGUAUCUGUGCUUGAGAACUGGAAGGAAGGUGAAAUAUAUAAGCUACAGACCAUGGCAUCCAAAGCUGAAGCCUACCUGAAGCACCUCAUGAGCAGUGAUUCUGCAGCAUAUCCCAACAAGGAAUCUGAUAUACAUUCAUGGGAAUCAUUUAUUUCUACUGUUGCAAAAGAAAUUACAAAAGCAGAGUCUCAGUUUGAAGACCAAAUUAGGGCAAUUAGAAAUGGAUCUCGGCUCCGAGAACUUCCUCAAGUGCGAGUUUCUGAGCUUUCAUUUCCUGCCUGUAAAGUGGUCUGUGCCAAGUUAGACCCCGAGUGUCCAGGCCCUGAGAGUCAGGUGCCUGUGACUCCUGCAAGCAGCCAGACCGGGGCGGAUGGCCAGGAUGACUGCUCAGGAGAGGCCCCUGCUGCACCAGCACCUUCUGGGCAGCCGGAAGUGGCUCCACCGCCAGAGCCCCAGAGGGCCAGCCAGGCAGCUCCGCCAGCACCGAGCCCCGAAGCAGAUGAGGGACAGCCUGUUCCUCCGGAGCGCACUCCCCAUUCCAGCCAGUCUCCAAAGAAGCCGCUAAACAGUAUUACCGAGCACCUGUCGGCAAUAUUCCCAUGUCACACCAGCAUUGAGCUUGCUGGUUUCAUUAAAAAAGUUCGAAGCAAGAGCAAGAACUCGCUUGCAGAGCUGAGUAUCGAUGAAAUUGUCCAGAGAGUGACGGAGCACAUUCUAGAUGAACAGAAAAAGAAGCCAAAUCCCGGACAGGACAAAGGGACACCCGGCGCCGGCCCUGCCGCUUCUGCUUCUGUGACCACGUCCUCUGGGAGUCCACCCCCAGCGACUGCCAGGCCGCCGACCACCAAGGCUCAGAAAACACCACAUGUCCCUGCACCAGGUGCAAGCGCCUGUGAAAUAUGCCGCAAGGUGUUCAAGUCCAAAAAUACGUGUGCGCUGAAAUGUGGGCACAAGUUUCACAAAGGGUGCUUUAAGCAGUGGCUUAAAGGACACAGCAGCUGCCCCACCUGCCGUGAUGGUGCCCUCUCGUCGGGAGAGCAGUGAGGCCCUAGAGCCUCUCUGCUGUGCGCCACCUCACCGCCGUGUGGUUGGCCUGUGCACAGAACUGAGGCGAUGCCAGGCUCCUCUCGUGCGAAGAGCAGACAUCUGAAGACUCUGGCAUCGCGUGUCACAAGGCCCCAAACGGAAACCUUCAGUGUGUUGCUGUUGAGUAAUUUUCCCUCUGAGUAAAUGCUUCAGUGAUAGCCGCAUCGUGGCAUAUGCAGCGUGUGUCACCCAUCCCCCUGCAGAGGGCUCCUAGGCAUGGGUGGCUUCUCUCGGGAAGUAUUGUCAGUGCCUCAGAACUGUCCUUGACCUGGAAGAGUUCCUAACCUCGCUAAGUGCCCCGCUUCCCUUUCUGUGUGCGAAAAGUCUUUUGUAUUAGUAGCCUUUAAAUUAUUCUGUGUGAUCCAGUGUUCCUGAAAACAUACCUAUAUUUUCCCUCAAAGAUUCAGCUUUUUAAAAAUGGACUUAAAUCACAGUUUAAUAAUGUGUAGUUAAUGUUAAAAUAUUGGCUGGUGUAGACCAAAAGAUUGGAUCUCUUCGUGAAAUCCCAAGUGCUUUUGUUGUUUCAUCAUUUUAUUUCCCCCAUAGAUUUUUAAACUGUUCAUUUUUCGUCAGAGAAGUAAUCUAACUUGAAAAUCAGUUAGAGAACACAUUCCUAGUAAAGAGUUGGCCUAGACAUUUUUCCUUUAAGAUCGAGGCUAUGUCUUCGUCCUCCGUCCACUUUGGGUUCCCUCUGAGAAGGCUCCGCUGUUCUCGCGGGCAGCAUCUGGCCUCGUGACCCACACGGUGCCGGGCACAUGUGGGUGUUGUGUCGAGCCAGUCCCCAUUUCCAUCCAGUCUCACCGCCAGCCGCGACACUUGUGCAGUUGACAGCCCCGUGGCAUCCGUUUGUCACCUGUGUUUGACCUUCGUGUACAGUAAUGCAUGCCGUCUUGUACCGUGGCCUGAGAGCAACACUAAUGCUUUAGAAGCUGUCAAGACAUGUGCAUCUUUUAACGACCUAAAGACAGUGCUAAGUAGAGAAACACAUUCCAUUUCUCUGAAACAGGAAGGAUCACAAAAUGUUUCUCGCUGUGUUCUGCCCCUUCGGCCCCUCGGCGUCCCGAGUGUGUGCGCGGAGCGGGUCACCCUCCUCUGCCUGUGUUCCCGCGAGCCGUGAUGUCCCCGUGACUUGGCCGUAGCAGCCCCUUACUCCCGAGCACUCCUGCAGUGGUUCCUUCCUAAGCCUCACCUGUGUGUUCGUGGCAGUCGGGUGCUGUGUGUGCUCCAGUCCCUCGGCCCAGUUUGUAGCAACAAGUGCAUUGUGCCCUGUGCUUCCCUGCCAGCCGUGUGACCUGCCUUAUUCUCAAUAAAGAGCGCCCCAAAGACCA